AUGAGCGCUGACGGCGAUAACGAUACUGGUAAACGGAGGAAACUCACAUGUGGAGGAUCUUUCUUGCGAUUACCAUUAGAGGUCUUAUCGGCUGAUUUUCGAAGAGACCGCAAAGAUAUCGAGCGGGAACUGCUGUUGAUUCAUAACUUCAUUGCUAGCGGCAAGGUUGGUUCGGCUGGAAACUCGGCAGAAACUGUCGAGAAAUUGCUGAAGAAAUUAGAUAUCGUUGAGAAACGACUGUACGAGAAGAAACGUGAACAAGCGAAAUUAGUUGACAAUAUCAAACAUCGCGUAACGGCAAUAGACGACUUAGCAUCAGCAGACGAGGUUGCUGAUGAGGACCUCGCUGACUGGGGAGGCGGCGAUACCUUCCUGUUGGUGGAAUGGCUCGCUCGGAACGGAUUUGCACACACCUUGGGACGAGUUGUGGAAAACUCGAAGACGGGUUCUAUGGAUCAUUUCCCAGCUCUUGAAAGUGGCGAUUUCGAACCUGAUAUUGUCAUUGAUGAGAAAAUAAGGAGCAUUAAGGAAGCCCUGAAAAACGGCAAUGUUACUCCGGCUAUUGAGUGGUAUAAGGCAUGCAGAAACAGAAUAGAUAAGAUGCAAAAGCUGCCCUCAAAAGAAGAUUCAGAAGAGGUCCGUUGA